AUGGGUGGCGUCUCUGACGAUAUUGAGCUAAAUAAUCCCGCUGAUGGGGGCAAAAGAACCGCAGUGCAGAUGAAGAAGGAGAUCGGCGUAAUACAGGCCGUCAGCAUCAUAUUCGGUGUUAUUGUCGGGUCUGGCAUCUUCGUGUCACCAGUCGGCGUUCUCCGAUACUCCAACUCUGUAGGCCUAUCCCUGGUCAUGUGGAUAGUACCGGGUCUGUUCAGCAUACUUGGUGCACUGGUGUAUGCGGAGUUGGGUGUGCGAAUCCAGAAGUCGGGAGGCGAGUACGCAUACAUCCUGGAGGCCUUUGGUGGUCUGCCCGCGUUCAUCGUGAUGUGGAUCACGUUUGUGGUGAUUGGAGGAGUAAGCUGUGCUGCCAACUCGAUUGUGUUUGCGGAGUAUAUGCUGCAGCCUGUGUACCCGGACUGUGCAAUCCCCGGACCUGUUGUGAGCAUGAUUGCGCUGUGUGGUUUAAGUGAGUGUGAUGAUGGAGUGGUGAGGCAUUUCUUUAGUGUUGAUAUGCGCAAUAAACUGCUACAAGGUGAAGUGGGCGGCGCGACUAGCAGUGAUAUUUUCGUGUGGCAAGGCGAUUGCGCUGCUGUUGAUAAUUGCCUUUGGAUUGUACUACCUUGCGACUGGUAA